AUGGCCUCUCUCCAGGCACUGCUGCCAAGCACGCUGGUGCCGCUGCAGCGCUUCUUGUUAUCCAAAACCUUGCUCAUCCCGACCUGCAUGCUAUGCACCUGGAAACUCGUGCAACGACUCAACUCGCACCUCUCGACCCUCAGUCUCAACAAUUUCGAAAACGACGUCUCCUGGGACUGGACGCACGAAAUCGUCCUCGUCACAGGCGGCUCCAGCGGCAUCGGCGCCGAAGUAGCGCGCAGACUCUCCAGCCGCAGCAUCAAAGUCGUCAUCUGGGAUCUCGUGGCUCCGCCAGCAGACCUCCUCAACAACAAACAUGUAACCCACUACCUCGUCGACGUCACGUCCGACACCUCCGUCGCCACGGCCGCCGCGCGCCUGCGCCAGGACGUGGGCGACCCGACCGUCUUAAUCAACAACGCCGGCAUCGCGGUCGCGGAGACGAUUCUCGACGAGACAGCCGCGCAGCGACGCGCGCAGUUUGAAGUCAAUGUCUUUGCGCAGAUGCGGCUGGUGCAGGAGUUUCUGCCGGCCAUGGCGGAGCAGAACCACGGCCAUGUGGUUACCAUGGCUAGCGCGUCGAGUUUUAUUUCUACGACGCAGCUCGUCACGUACGGAGCUACCAAGGCUGCCGUCAUGGCGUUUCACGAGGGGUUGGGACAGGAGCUGAGGAUGCGAUAUGGGGCGCGCAAGGUACGGACGAGGUAUGUGAUGUGUGUUUCAUUUCUGUGUCUGUUCGUGACAUGGGCAACCGGUACUUUUUUUUUUUUUUUUUUUUUUUUCUUCUUUCUUUGCUCUGCUUUUCUCGCAUUGUCGUCUUCUUGCUGAUUGCUCGCCCGCUUCAACAGCAUCGUCUUCCCGCACUUUGUGCGUACCCCCAUGGUCGAGAAACUCACUUCCCUCGAGGGGUUUCCUGAACUGCUGCUUACGCCUGGCUACGUCGCCGAUGCCGUCGUCGCGCAGGUGCUUUCUGGCAAGGCGGGUCGGCUGGUCUUGCCGCCGGCGAACGCCUGGCUUGCGCGGCUGCGCGCUUGGCCGCCGUGGUAUAUGUAUUACGUGCAUUCGCUGGAUCAGGAUGUGUAUAGGAAGCGGGUGUAA